CGAUGUCGUUCCGUUAAACGAUUCAUCUUGAAAACCUCAGUUCUCGAUAAUCAUAUAACCCUAUCACCAGCGAGCAGAGCAAACGAAGCGGCACCGGCAAAGCUUCAGGGCGCCGGCCAGAGUAAUACACAUACAUACUUAGAUUAUUCCGGCGAGAGCACCGGUUCGCUCUUCUCGGUUCCGCCCCUGCUCCAAGACCUCCAAGACGCUCUACCUCGCUAGUCGCUAGGCCGCACACCGGCACAGCGCUGUAACCGGAAUGACAGGAAGGAUUUGUCUGAAAUCUCCACCAAAUACUGUCUUUCCACCAAAGGGCAAUUCAAGACUUCUUGGAUUCUGAAAUCGCAAAAUGUCACGUUGCAAGUCUGCUGCAAUUUUAGCCGGGGAGAACAAUCAUGGUGAGAACAAAGGUGGAAAUAAAGAGAAUACAGGACAAAUCCAAGAGGCACACUACCUUCACCAAGCGCCGCCAAGGACUAUUCAAUAAAGUCAACGAGCUCUGCAAGCGUUGCAAUGCCGAAGCCGCCGCAAUCACAUUCUCUUUAGCGGGAAAUGCAUAUGCUUUUGGCUAUCCGUGUGUUGAGUCUGUCUUGAAACGUUACGAUGACCAUAUCCAAAAGCAUUCACACGGGGCUGGCGGUGAGUCCGUAGAUAAUUCAUCUGAUGUAGCCACUACGUUAAGUAGUAGCAGUGCUGCGAGUAUAAGUAGUAGCGAUAGUAGUUUAAAUGUAGACGAAUUGGGAAUGGAAGAGCUUGAAGAUGUUAGAAUGUCUAUGGAAGAGUUGAAAAAAAGAAUUAUUGAUCGAAUGAAUGAGAUUUCAGAAACUGUUUCUCUUUAAUGCUCUCUUGUGGGUUGAAUAUGUUUCUAUAACGUAGGUCUUUUUAUUGUUUCUUGAUUCUUUUGGAUUAAAUAGAGUCUCUAUACUACCUUUUGUGGACUGGAAUAGUUUUAAAUGACGAACAAUUUGAUACGCUAUUGCUAGUGAUGAGCAGAAAGAUUGUUUCUAUUUGAUUA